AUGAACCAGUCUGAACUGACAACGGACCCGGUGCUCACUGCCAACAGCAGCCAUGGAGACUUCUUUCAUAGACGGACCUCCAACCACUCUUGUCCCUUGGGCUGGGGGCUAAAUGAAGGCCUAGAGACUUGCGUCCUGGAGACUGCUGUCAUUGUACUUCUGACAGUGCUCAUUAUUGCAGGGAACCUGACAGUGAUCUUUGUGUUCCACUGCGCCCCCCUACUACAUCAUUACACUACCAGCUACUUCAUCCAGACAAUGGCGUAUGCCGAUCUGCUGGUCGGUCUUAGUUGCCUGGUGCCCACCCUGUCUCUGCUCCACUACCCAGCAGGUGUCCAGGAGCCCAUCACGUGCCAGGUUUUCAGCUACGUUAUUUCUGUACUGAAGAGUGUUUCGAUGGCCUGCUUGGCUUGCAUCAGCGUGGACCGCUACUUGGCCAUUACAAAACCACUAUCUUACAACCAGCUGGUGACACCAUGUCGGUUACGAGGCUGCAUCACCCUCAUCUGUGUCUACUCGAGUCUGGUUUUCCUGCCCUCCUUCUUCGGGUGGGGUAAGCCAGGAUAUCAUGGGGACAUUUUUGAGUGGUGUGCUCACUCGUGGCCAACUUCUGGCCUUUUUACAGGCUUUGUAGUGUGCCUGCUCUAUGCACCUGCUGCACUUGUUGUCUGUUUCACCUAUUACCACAUAUUUCGCAUUUGCCAGCAGCACAAUAGGGAGAUCAGUGAACGACGUGCACGUUUUCCCAGCCAGGAGAUGGAGGCUGGUGAGGGGGGUGGCAGCGGUGGGCAUCAGGGAGGGCACGGACCAGAUCGACGCUAUGCGAUGGUGCUCUUCCGCAUCACCAGUGUUUUUUAUAUGCUUUGGCUGCCCUACAUCAUCUACUUCAUGUUAGAGAGCUCCCAUGUGCUGGCCAGUCCUGCCAUUUCCUUCAUCACCACCUGGCUGGCCAUUAGCAACAGCUUUUGCAACUGUGUUAUCUACAGCCUCUCUAAUAGUGUUUUCCGCCUGGGCAUGCGUAGACUCUCGCAGACAAUUUGCUCUUUCAGCCACUGUGCAGCCGAUGACAGGGAUUUUGCGGAGGCUAAACCAAGGAAGAGGGCAAACUCCUGCUCCAUCUGA